AGAUGUGCAAAGGAAGUGCUGUAAACCGCUGCCCAUAACGCACCAUAUAGGCCUAUAGGCUGUCUUAUAUAUGUACUAUGGAGUAAUGUCUUCUCAAGGUGUGACCGCCGGGAAGAAAACACCCGGUCGGCGACUUGCUUUGAUCAGAAAAUCACAAGAAAUUAUCCAGUCGUCAUUAACUGCGGGCAUUCAAUGCGUUAUUUCAAGGAUAAAGAAAUGGAUCAGGGUGGACUGAAGCGCAAUGGUAAUCGCGACGACAGCCUGACAUUUGGGGAGACAGGAGCCGGAGCAGGCAGAGAUACAGGUGACACAGCUGGUUCGCUGUUCCAGUCUGCAACGCAGCUGUCUGGCCCCAGGUCUCUGCCCCAGCCCACAGUGGCUCCAAAUGGAAGGGGUAGAACCAAAGACCAGGGGGAGCUUGGAGGCCUCUUUGAGUCCCCUCAGCAUCCUGUCCUGUGUGAGGGGUCAGACUCGGAGGAGGGUAAAAUCAUCAGAAUGCAGAAACAACGAAAACAACACCACCAGGAUAUUGGCGUAUUCAACAUGGAGGACAACUUGUUGAAACAGAGUUUUUCUGGUCUCGCCCGGACGCCCACCUCUGUCAUCAGCACCUCUGUCUCCUCCGUCCUGGGCAACCUCCCUCUGCCCGAUCUUUUUGCCCAGCAAAUCAAGCAGGAGGGGACUUUUUCUCUGGAUAAAGACUUGGGAACUGACAGCGAACACACAGGCGUUGGUCCGUGUGAUUUGGAUGGCAACAGCGGUCGCCUAAUCGAGGAUACCGAGAUUUGGCAAGACCUGGACCUUCCUAGCUCGUUGCCAGAUAUCAGCGAUUUUGAGUUGGAUUCAGAAGUGGCACACUUGGAUAACAUUUUGCAUGACAGCAGGGGUGGUGGUGGUGGUCCUGUCAGUGGCUUGCUAAAGGAAACAAAGUCUCUCAUGGGUAACGGAGUAAGCUGUACCAAUAUGAAGGGCACAGACCAGCAGCAGCACCCCAUACACCAUCAGCAUCACCAGCAGCAGCAGCCCCACCACCUUCUACAGCACCAGCAACAUCAGCUUCACCGUCAACAGGAGCCUGCAUCACUUCUCUCCAGCGUUAUGAUCAAGGAAGAAAAGGAUCCCGACAACUCUUUCAUCCACAUCCGUACUCCUGGUGUGGUCAAACAGGAGAAGCAGGACAGCCUUGAUUUCUGCCAGUCGCAGUGUCUCCAGAGCAGCAUGGGCACACUCCAUGGAGGAGGUCCCAUGUCCUCGCCUAUGGCCGUUGGUGCAGGACCUGGCUACCACUACACAGCCGACCCGUCCUCCAUAGUGGGCCUACAAGACCAGAAGCCUUUUGGCAUGUACUCAAACCUGCCUUUGGUGGGGGAGAGCUGGGCCGGGGGGAACAGGUAUGGAGAGUCGCCUGGGAUACAGAGGGGUGACGAUGGGCUCCCCUCCGCCGCAGCCUUGGCAACUUUUUCUGUCAACUUUUCCAGAACAGGAGAGACCAGCAGUUCUACGGUGCUGGGCCAAACCAAGCCCAGUGGGCAGACCCAUAAGAUCUGCUUGGUGUGUUCAGACGAGGCCUCCGGAUGCCACUACGGGGUUGUAACCUGCGGCAGCUGCAAGGUGUUCUUCAAGCGGGCCGUCGAAGGAUGGAGAGCACGACAAAACACAGAUGGCCAGCACAACUACCUGUGUGCAGGGAGAAAUGACUGCAUCAUCGAUAAGAUCCGGAGGAAGAACUGUCCAGCCUGCCGCUUCAGGAAAUGUCUUCAAGCCGGAAUGAACUUGGAAGCGAGGAAAAACAAGAAGCUAAUCAAGAUGAAAGUGCAGCGGCCCUCUGGAUCAUCAGAGCCUAUCAGCAACAUGCCUGUUCCAGUCAUCCCCAGGUGCAUGCCCCAACUCGUGCCCACCAUGCUGUCUGUGCUCAAGGCCAUCGAGCCAGAGAUCAUCUAUUCGGGCUAUGACAGCACACUGCCUGACACCUCCUCACGGCUCAUGACCACUCUCAACAGGCUGGGAGGACAGCAGGUCAUCUCUGCAGUCAAGUGGGCCAAGUCACUGCCAGGCUUCCGCAACCUGCACCUGGAUGACCAGAUGACAUUGCUGCAGUGCUCCUGGCUCUUCCUCAUGUCCUUCAGUCUUGGUUGGAGGUCAUAUGAGCAGUGUAACGGUAGCAUGCUCUGCUUCGCCCCUGAUCUUGUCAUCAACAAAGAGCGUAUGAAGCUGCCCUUCAUGACCGACCAGUGCGAGCAGAUGCUGAAGAUCUGUAAUGAGUUUGUCAGACUGCAGGUGUCCUAUGACGAGUACCUGUGCAUGAAGGUCCUGUUACUGCUCAGUACAGUACCGAAAGAUGGCCUCAAGAGCCAGGCGGUGUUUGACGAGAUCAGGAUGACAUACAUCAAGGAACUGGGAAAAGCCAUCGUCAAGAGAGAGGAGAACGCUAGUCAGAAUUGGCAGCGCUUCUACCAGCUAACUAAGCUACUGGACUCCAUGCAGGAGAUGGUCGAGGGUCUUCUCCAGAUCUGUUUCUACACCUUUGUGAAUAAAACCCUCAGUGUGGAAUUCCCAGAGAUGCUGGCGGAGAUCAUCACCAACCAGAUACCAAAAUUCAAAGAUGGGAGCGUCAAGCCUCUGCUGUUUCAUCAGAAAUGACUGCCUUAACCUGUGAAGCAAUGCCUUAAACCCUGCCAUGCCCGUGUACCUCUCUGCGGCCCCAAGCUUUCGCCCAGAGCCGUAAGCCUUUGCUUGUUCUGCCUCCUCUAUCACUCUGAUUCGACUCCUCGGUUUUCCCCGGCCCCCUCUAGGAGUUCUGCCACGCCCCUCAAGGCCUCAGCCAUUCAGCCUAAUCACGGAGCACAAACCUGUAGUAUCACGCCUCGUAAUCGGGUCCCAGGUUUGGCCAAACUACGGUAGGACACCCUACCCGCCGACCUGCAGCCCUUCUUCUUGGCUAACCAAGAAGAAUUUGUCCUCCAGGGGAAAUUUGUUGGCUCUGAAUAUCUCGUGGGCAGGAUGCAUUUUGGGCAAUUUUUUUUUCCCAGCCCCCUCACCCCCUUCUCCGUCCAUGGCCCUGUCCUUAAGUCUCUAAUGCUUUUUCUUUUGGUAGCCGCUUGCCUCUCCUGCCUCCAGUGUUUCAUUGCUGUUUUCACUGACAGGCCAACACCUAGAAACACCUUUUCCUCCCUCGACAUGGCACCUAAUAUACUGUCCAACUCUAAAGAGUUCGCCCCAAGUUCAAACCUACGGUUCCUCUGCUCACCAACCCAGCUUGUCUCUGUUUGCCCUUCCCAGCUCCACUGUGCAGAGAAUGUAGUGAGUGUUUGCUUGUUGUGGUUUCCAGAGGACUGUUGGCGAUAAAGGGGAUAAACAAAAACACUGAAAAAUUAGAAACAUACUCUGACAUGAGAGAAUCGUGUUUUUCUUCUGGACCCAAGGACAUUGAGGAUGAACUAUUUUCAGCUGUGAAUCAGUUAUCUCUUCUGAAAUGACAUAAAUCAGUUUUAUAUACCUGACCAAUGGAAGAAAAAAAGAAAAACAGCUAGAGGAAUAUUCUUCAUUUAUUUUAUGCAGACACGCAUUUCUGCAAAAGUCACGCUUACCCAUACAUACAAAGCAUACGCCGACACACAUUCACUCAGCAAAAUGUUUAGACAGGAUGUAUCUGAGAAGGGAAAAACAGUGCCUUUUAGCUUUUAAAGCUCUUCAUAGCAAUCCUCUCUAAACCGUUGUGUUUUUUUUGUAUAAGAGUCUAACCUUAACAUACUUCCACAUAUUUUUUCUGUUUUAGUUUUUCCACGCUGGCAAUUCUGGUUUUCUUUCCAAGCUGCUAUUUUGCUGUUUUUAAUGUGGGCAGCUCUCUCUGUUCUGAUCCCCAGACAUGCAUGUAAGGAAGACAGCCUAUGGUACAGAUUAGAAAUGUUUGGAGCAGUGUGAAAUAGUAAGAUCUUCAUUUUUAGGUCUUAAAAAGUUUGAUAAUCACAUUUGAAAAAAAAAAAAAAGUUGUUGAAGUCCCAAAACACAUUUCAUUAUGUGUCUCUUUUUCCCAUGUAAAGUAACAAAUAUAACGUUGAAUACUCAUCCAAAUACUUUCUCUCUAACAAGCUUGUGAGAAGCUGCAGCUUUGUAUUAAAUGGACACCACUGGAAUUUAAAUAAGGCAUAGCUGAUGUUUUGUAAUAUUUAGCGAUUUAAAUAUUAGAAUUUAGAUCUUGGAAUAAAUCAAUGAGUUGUUAAUUGGAAUGGAAUUUUUUUACGAACUUUUUAUUCAGAUGCAAUCGCACACAUGGGGGUUUUAGAACUAAAUAGCCUUUGGAAAAAACAUCCAAGGUGUUUGGGUGUUAGUAAAUAGCCAUAUUGAUUCAAGCAAACCUGGCUUGAAGUCCAAAAUGUCCUUUCAUUGCCAGCUGCAUUCAUACUGAGGUUCUAGUUUAGUAAAUGGUUUCAUACAACUUUAUUAAAUUAAAAUGUGGUUUCAUGGAGCUCCACUUGGAGUGACUUACUUAGCCAGACUGCCUGUUCCCACCUCAGAAAUCACAGCAAGGUCAAAUAAGAGUGGAAAUAACUCCUGAUGUGUGUUGUAAUCUAACAGGAGUACAACAUUGGUUGGAUUUUCUAAGAUAAGGUAUCAUGAACACAGUAACUGCUAGACAAUUUUUAAACCAGUUUACUAACUGACUCCAUCUGAAAUUUAACAUUUGACAUAAUUAACAUCACCAUGUAGUACUCCUGAUAGGUAAACAAAAAGCACAUUAUUAUUGACUAAAAAUACCAUUUCAGAUUAAAUAUACCCUUUCAGCUUUGUCUCGAAGUGUUUGCACAAACACGAACAGGGGUUGUUAUUAAGUUGUUGAGAUCAACAUGGCUGAAAAGGUAAAUAAAUAAUAUAUAUAUACAUAUAGCCUACUGUAUAUAUUUGUUUUGUAUAUGAGAUGUGACAUCCAUAACUGAUGGAGCCUCUGUUCUCAGCACAGGAUUCCACCUUAAAAUUAAAAUAUUUUUGAAAGAAGAUGCAGUUUGGCCCAAAUAAUUUGUAAAUCAAAGCUCAGGCUAUGAGUGACUACAUCACUUGGAUGUGUUCCACUAGUGCCAAAUGUAAUAGCAGGUUUUUACUGUUUGUCUUUUCCUGGAGAUGUGAAGAAGAGUGAUUAUUCAGUUGGCAUUCGACAUUAUGUGGUUUUUGUAACUUUGCUUGAGGGUGCUCAUUUAUGAGAAAGAUCAUAGUUUCAUGUCACACCUACACCAGCUUAAAAGUACUGAUUGUUAUCAUCCAAGUAAGUGUAUGAUUUUUUUUGGAGAUGCACAAAAUGUCUACUGCUGUCAAACAGGUGGUGGUCAGCAUUUGGUACAUUUGUAAUGUGAAAACAUGUUCGUACCAGCUUUAGUGAUGGCCAAAGCAAAAUACAUUAACAUCGCAGUUGUACGUUGGCUUCUGCUGGAAGCGCAAACAAACACUCCCCCCUCUUAGCAGACGCGGGUUCUAUUUUCCUCAGUGUUUCUUGUAACUGCCAGGCCUUUCUGUAUAAAAUGUCGACCGUAGAGAUUUUCAGCUGUUUACUCUGAAUGGUACUCGUCCCUCCGGAGCGCAUAACUCUGACUGGCAGUUACUCAACGAGAUAGCAGGUUGCCAUAGAGACCAGUCAUUUGUGUGUUGCUUACAGCUAACAGCACAGCAGGCUCUGGACGCAUACAAGCCACUAUUCAACAAGAGGCAUCAUGCUUUUAAUCAGCCAUUCUGCCAAAGGAUGGUCACUCACAGCAGGGUUCGUUUCAUGUACAGUGGUCGUUCAGCUUCACCCACUAACUCCCAUGGCCUUGUGCUGUAAAGAGCAUGGGCUGGUUGUUGCUCAUUGUUGAUUAUUCUGGGGAGGAUUUGAAUAAACUGUCUAUUUGUUUGGGUGACUUUUGCAUACAGUAUUACAUUUUUUUCCCAGGUGGUGGUGCUUUAGAAAACCAGCUUUAACGCGUAGAUGUAACCAUAUUCCUGCUCCUUUCUAAAUGGCCAUAGGUGUAUAUAGCAGCGCCGACAUAUCCAGUGCAAUGUAAACAGUGUCUAUUAUUACAAAAUAUUUUUACAUGGACACAACCUCUAUACUCCUAUACAUUUUACCUUUCAUGUUCGACUAAAGGCCUUGCGAAAGGGGGACAGAGAGCCAUAGAAAUAAGAUUUCAAAUCAGGAAAUAGAUAAACCCUUAACAAAUAUCAGUGCUUUUGGAGAUUAAUCUAUUGUAAAAAAAAAAAAAAAAAAAAAAAGAAGGAAAAAAAAGACUAUUUUCUGCAAUUUUAAAUACAUCAGCUUGAUUGUCUUUGAUAUGAAUAAUUUUACCCAAUCCUUUUUGUACAUUGAACGAGUCAAGAAAGUAAAUAUUUUCUGUUUGUUGGUUGAUGUUUGAUAAAGGUAGACGUGUUGAAUACAUUAGGAAGUGUUAAACAUGUUUGUCUUGUGAAGUAAAUGUAAAUUCUACGAGUCAAUGGGAAAGUCUACAUGAAUGCUCACUGUGUUUUAAAGUUAUAAGGAAACGAGGGGGAGGGAGGGAUGGAAGGUGAGACGGACUGGAGGUUUUUGUAUUUUAUAAGAGUGACCAAAGCAGAAGAGGGGGGAAAAAGAUUUAACAAACAGAAGUAUUCAAGCAGUUACAUUUUAAGUAGCACUUAUUAUCCAACGUCUAGUACUUCUUAUUUUAUUUGAAAGGUAUCUUUUGUAAAGGUCCAAGCUUUGGAUCCCAUGUAUAUUGUUUUUGAGGAUUUACUGGUCACUUUAAAAUAGAAAACAAAACAAAAAAAGUUGAAUCUCUGUGUGAAAGUAAAUCUAUCAGAGCCUGACGGAAUUGCACUACCCUUAUACUGGUUGAUAAAUUCUAUUUUGUAUAAAAUACAUGCAAAUAUUAUCUUUUAAAGAUAAAGGGCAGAUCAUGUUUCACUGGUACAUAUGGCUAUGGAUUUCAUUGAAGUCUGUUUUGUUCGUAUUUCAGUUAUGUAAACGUAAUCCAAUGUAAAAACAAACAAAAAAUAUAAAAUGUUUGUUUAAAAAACAAUAGUUUGUUUUACUUCUGUAUUACACUUCUUCUGUAGUCAGUGUCAAUAUUUUCACCUAUUUGAUUAAAUGUUGAAUUAAGUUAUCUGUGUUGUUCUUUGACAUUGGACUUGGCAUCGUGUUGAUAACAACUGAUGAUAUUUUUGUCAUCAAUGGUUGAAAGUGGAAAUUUGGAAGAACUGAUUUUAGUUCAAACAUCUUACACAAUAAAGUUUCCUGUUUUUCAACACUCA